UACUAAUAGUAUCUCUAUGCGCUUUGCUUCCACACGGCUUUUGACCCAGCAGAGCUUCCUUAUCGCCGCACGGGGCCAUAGCGAUCUUCUAAGGGGAGUCCGCGCGACCUUUCCACAGAAUCUCCAUGGUAGGAAAGCGUAUCAUGCGCUCUGUCAGUUACGUGCAGCGCGUGGCGCUGGAGUUCAGCGGGAGCCUGUUCCCCCACGCCAUCUGCCUCGGGGAUGCGGACAAUGACGCGCUGAAUGAGCUGGUGGUUGGAGAUACCAGUGGGAAGCUGUUUGUGUACAAGAACGAUGAAAGUAAGCCUUGGAUUGUACGCUCUUGCCAAGGAAUGCUUACCUGUGUUGGUGUUGGGGAUGUGUGCAAUAAAGGAAAGAACUUGGUUGUUGCAGUGAGUGCUGAAGGUUGGUUUCAUCUCUUUGACCUCACACCACCCUCAAAACACCUAGAUGCCUUAGGCUACCAUGAGGUCCUGGCAGCAGAAGACCAAAAGCUGGGAUUCAAGCAGCACAUCCCCGCCAAUACCAAAGUUAUGCUGAUCAAUGACAUUGAUGGAGAUGGGAAGAGUGAAUUGGUGGUAGGUUAUACAGACCGUGUGGUGCGAGCCUUUCGUUGGGAGGACUCAUCUGAGAGUACAGAGCAUAUAUCCGGACAGCUGGUGCUGCUCAAAAAGUGGCUGCUGGAGGGACAGGUGGAUAGCUUGUCAGUGAAUCCAGGUUCUGACUGUGCUCCUGAGCUGAUGGUGUCCCAGCCUGGUUGUGGUUAUGCAGUCUUACUCUGUACUUGGAAAACAGAACACCAGCCUUCACCAGAAAGAAAAGACAGCUCUACAACUAGCAGGGAAGCACCCGUCCGGGAUGUCAUUCUCCACCAAACAUCAGGUAGAAUUCACAACAAGAAUGUUUCCACUCACCUUAUUGGCAGCAUUGGCAGAGGAUCUGCCAAGGAAUACGAUGGCUCAGGUCUCUUUGCACUUUGUACUUUGGAUGGGACACUGAAGCUCAUGGAGGGUGCAGACAAGCUGCUAUGGUCAGUGCAAGUUGACCACCAACUUUUUGCUCUAUCAAAGCUGGAUGUCACUGGCAAUGGCCAUGAGGAGGUGAUUGCUUGUGCUUGGGAUGGACAGACAUAUAUCAUAGAUCAUGACCGGACAGUGGCUAGGUUCCAAGUUGAUGAAAAUGUGAGUGCCUUCUGUUCAGGCCUGUAUGCCUGCAAAGGCAACUGCCAUAGCCCUUGCCUGGUAUACGUCAGUUUCAGUCAAAAGAUAUACAUCUAUUGGGAUGUGCAGUUGGAGAGAAUGGAGUCUACUAAUUUGCUGAAGAUAUUAGAGAGCAACUCUGAAUACAGAGAUCUCCUGCUCCAGCUGGGUGUUGCUGAAGAUGACAUAUCUGCUGUUAGAGAGCUCAUUCAUAAGACCCUGUACUUUCCAGCAGAGCACUUAAAAACUCCUUCUCAGCUCAGCUUUCCUGCCAGAAGUUCAUCCUCCAGCUGUCACCCUGUUACCCAAGAAAGUCGACCAGCAGACUGUACAUAAGCACACAACCGGUAGCGCUGCUUUUCAUAUCAUCUCAGUGCUUACUAGACCUGGCCAACUUGGUUGCAUUAAACUCAGUGUACUCCUUUUCUGCAGAAACAGCUGAAGCAGCAUUAAAAUUCUGGUCUCCAGUGAAGGAGGAAAGCAGCAAUGCAGAUUCAAAAGUAAUGGCAGAGUUACGGUCAAAGGCAAAGCAAUCGAAAGUAAAUUUUUUUCACAUUUUUUUCUCAUGGUUCUUAUUGCUUAACUUCUCCUCAGUCACUUUCUCUUCUGUCACAAAAGACUUACAUAAACAUUGAAAAAUGAAAGUGAUUUAGUGAAUACCGUUAACAGUAGUUCUUUGUACAGGAGAAGUAUUUCAAAACUUAACAGGCCAGCAGACAAAAAUGGCAGUAUAUGCAGCAGGAAUAGGACUUUAAGAAACACUAGCACACAUGUAAAAUACCGUUAGGUUUAAAUUUGUAUAUGUUUUGUUGUAUCUAUUUAUUUUAUUUUUUGUUUUUAUCUUUCUGUUGAACACUUCAAUAAAGAUUGUAUUUCAAAAUGAUAGGUGUUUUGAUUCAGUAAUCAUAAUGUUAAUCCAACCUAGAGUCUA